UUAGCAGAAAUCAAACAUCCUCCAAUUAUAAAAGCUACCCUUGUAAUGGUUCAUAUGAUGUACUCAUUCUUCAAAAGAAGGGAAAAAGAUAUGGAGAAAAGCAAGUUUUUAGUAAGUCUAGUUCUAAUACUUUUGUUGUCAUAUGCAAAUGCAGCCUUGCCAGGGCCUAAAGCUAAGAAGCACUUUGUGCUAGUUCAUAAGGGAUGCCAUGGAGCCUGGACCUGGUACAAGAUUGUGGCAUUGAUGAGAUCUUCAGGGCAUAAUGUCACAGCUCUGGACUUGGGUGCUUCAGGAAUUAACCCGAAACAGACCUUCCAAGUCCCACAUUUUUCUGAUUUCUUGAGUCCACUAAUGGAGUUCAUGGCUUCUCUUACUGCACAUGAAAUAGUUGUUCUUGUAGGCCAUGAAAUUGGUGGCUUAGCCAUUUCUAAAGCCAUGGAGACCUUUCCAAAAAAGAUUUCAGUUGCUGUAUUUGUCACUGGUCUGAUGCCUGGUCCAAAUAUCAAUGUAACCACCGUCUACAAUGAGUUACUCAAGUCAGUAUCUCAACCUGAUAAUUGUGUUAUAUACGAUAAUGGGCCAACGAAUCCUCCAACCACCUUCAUCCUAGGUCCAAAGUACAUUAAAACUAACCUUUACCAGCGGAGCCCAAUUCAGGAUUUGGCAUUGGCCUAUACACUAGUAAGGCCAAUACACUUUUACAGUGUGGAAAAUGUUUCUAAGGAGAUAGUUAUUACAAACAAAAGGUAUGGAUCAGUUAAGCGAGCAUUCAUUGUUGCUGUUGACGAUAAACUUCUGAAGAAGGAAUUUCAAUGGUUGAUGAUUGAAAAGAAUCCACCAGAUGAAGUGGAAGAGAUCCAGGGCUCUGACACAAUGAUGAUGAUGUCUAAGCCCCAACAACUAUUUACUGCUCUUCUGAGCAUUGCCAAUAAGUACGCCUAAGAGCUGUUAAUUGAGAAGAAUAAGGGAAAUAGGUGCAAGGCUUGAGAAUAAAACUUCAUAUCUGAUGCAUUGAUAUGACGAUCUUAGUUCUUUCAGGGACGUUCUAUUACCGUGCUACUUAAUUUGAUAUUCCUGUCUUUUUUUUCCAGUUGUUAUUUCCUUUCAUUGUAGUGUCAGUGUUUGGAAUUGACAUCAAUG